AUGACAUACCUGUCAGCAGGCUUGAAACUAGCACAUCGCUUGCUCAAGGGGCUUUUGGGAAACAUUCUGAAGGAGUUGGUGACAUUCAAAGAUGUGGCUGUAGAUGUCACCCAGGAGGAGUGGGGUCUUUUGGACCAUGCUCAGCUGUGUAAGAACGUCAUGCUGGAGUCCCUACGGCUUCCAGUUCCCAGAGAAUAUUGGAUCACCUAUUUUGAGCAAGAAGACUUGAAGAACUUCUGUUCAGAUUCUGAGAUGGGGUUUGCUGUGAAGGAGACGAGUGCGAAUGUGAAGAGGACCCUGUGGAACGGUUCUUCCCAAUAUGGUGGCUACAGGGCUGGGCUUGCUAAGUGUGAGAGGAUCCACAUGGAAGAGAAAGCGUGUGGAUUCGGUCAGCCUGGCAAAGCUUUCAGAACGAGCGCCAGUGCGGCCAAGGCUAAGAGGACAGCCAGUGAGCAGAAGGCUCGCGAGUGCCGCGAGUGCGGGAAAGUGUUUUGUGUGCACUCCGCCUCGGUGAAGCAGCAGAGGGCGCACCGCGCGGCCAGAGCUUACGUGUGCAGUCAGUGCGGGAAGGCUUUCACGCAGAGGAACAGCCUGGCGGUGCACAGGAGAAUCCACACCGGGGAGAAGCCUUACCAGUGCGGCCAGUGCGGCAAGGCUUUCCGGUGCCCGUCCAACCUCCGCAACCACCAGAAGAUCCACAGCGCCGAGAAGCUGUACGAGUGCGGCCAGUGCGGCAAGGCUUUCCGGUGGCGCUCCAACCUCAACAAGCACCAGACCACCCACAUCGGGGAGAAGCCCUACGAGUGCCAGUGUGGGAAGGCCUUUCGCUGCAGCUCCAACCUCCUGGAGCAUCAGCGAAUCCACACCGGGGAGAAGCUUCACGAGUGCCAUCAGUGCGAAAAGACGUUCAUCAAUAAGUACUAUCUCGCCGAGCACGAGAGGAGCCACACCGGGGAGAAGCCUUACGAGUGCAGCCAGUGCGGGAAGGCUUUCGCCCAGAGGAACAGCCUCGCCGUGCACAAGAGAAUCCACACGGGAGAGAGGCCUUACGAGUGCGCUCAGUGCGGGAAGACGUUCCGCUGCAGCUACAGCCUCAAGAUACACCGGAGAAUCCACACCGGGGAGAAGCCUUACGAGUGUAACCAGUGCGGGAAGGCCUUCACGCAGCACUCCCACUUCACGCGUCACCUGAGGAUCCACUCCGGGGAGAAAGCGUACUGA